CCCGCUUAAAAAGCCCCGCCGGUGCCCUGCAAGCGUGCCCGGGAGACCGACGGGGCCGGAGCGCAGGACGCGGAGAGGCAAGGAUCCAGAGAAUUUUGUCCUGUGUGCUGGGGAAACCGUUUCCGAGACUCCACAAUGAAGGCCCUUCUGCUGAUGCUGCUUCCCUUCUUGGCGCAGGCCUCCCUCUCCUUUGUGGUCCCAGAAAAGGAGAAGGACCCUCAGUUCUGGCGGCUCCAGGCCCAGGAGACACUGCAGAGAGCCCUGAGUCUUCAAAGGCUGAACACGAACGUGGCCAAUAACAUUAUCCUCUUCCUCGGAGACGGGAUGGGCAUCUCCACCGUGACAGCUGCUCGUAUCCUGAAGGGCCAGCUGCAGCGGAAGACAGGCGAGGAAACCAUAUUGGAAAUGGACCGCUUUCCGUUCGUGGCGCUCUCUAAGACCUACAACACCAAUGCGCAGGUGCCGGACAGCGCGGGCACCGCCACGGCUUACUUAUGUGGCGUCAAGGCCAACGAAGGAACUGUGGGGGUCAGCGCCGCCGUGAGGCGGUCCCAGUGCAACACGACGGCCGGCAACGAAGUGACCUCCAUACUCAAGUGGGCGAAAGCCGCAGGCAAAUCUGUGGGCAUUGUCACCACCACCCGCGUCAACCACGCCACGCCGAGCGCCGCUUACGCACACUCGGCCGACCGGGACUGGUAUUCGGACAAUGAGAUGCCCCCGGAAGCACUUCAACAGGGGUGCAAGGACAUUGCCCACCAGCUGUUCGAAAACAUCCCAGACAUUGAGGUCAUCAUGGGAGGAGGCCGGAAGUACAUGUUCCCCAAGAACACGAGCGAUGUGGAGUACCCGGAUGAGGAGAAAUACAAAGGGACCCGGCUGGACAAUAGGAAUCUGGUCCAGGAGUGGAAGGACGCCAAGCCCAAAGACAAGAAUGCCCUUUAUCUAUGGAACCGGGCGGAGCUAAUGAAGCUGGACCCAGCGAAAGUCGACUAUGUUUUGGGUCUCUUCGAGCCCAUCGACAUGAUGUACGAACUCAACAGGAACAACCAAACGGAUCCUUCCUUGACCGAAAUGGUGACCGUGGCCAUCCGAAUCCUCCAGAAGAACCCCCGCGGAUUCUUCCUCCUGGUCGAGGGUGGCAGGAUUGACCAUGGGCACCAUGAAGGAAAGGCCAAGCAUGCCCUGCACGAGGCGGUAGAGAUGGACCGGGCUAUCGGCGAGGCUGGCAUCCUGACCUCUUUGGAUGACACCCUGACAGUGGUGACCGCAGACCACUCCCACGUGUUCACAUUUGGGGGCUACACAACCCGCGGCAACUCCAUUUUCGGGCUGGCCCCGAUGCAGAGUGACAUGGACAAGAAGCCGUUCACUUCCAUCCUGUAUGGAAACGGACCCGGGUACAAAAUAAUAGCUGGAGAGAGAGAGAAUAUCUCAGCGGUCAAUUUCACCGAUGCCAACUACCAGGCACAGUCAGCCGUCCCGCUGCGCAUGGAAACGCACGGAGGGGAGGACGUGGCCGUCUUCGCCAAGGGCCCCAUGGCUCACCUCCUCCACGGGGUCCACGAGCAAAACUACAUCCCCCACGUGAUGGCCUAUGCAGCUUGCAUUGGCGAGAACCAGGCACACUGCCAGUCGGGCACGCCAGGCAGCCACUCCGGAUCCGUCCCUCUCAUUUCAGCAGUCUUCUCCAUCCUCCUGCUCCGAGUUUUGUUCUAAAGCCUCCAGCUCCUCGGAUUCUCCGGAUCGAGACUUUUUGGGGGCUGUUUUGAGAUUUCCAGCCUCAAACUACCCUCAAGGGGUUUCUGGCUUCAAGGAGGGGAAACCACAUUGGACGACUCGGCUUAUUCCCCAAGGAACUGCUCUGCUUUGCCCUGGGACAGAACGAUCCGUGGCGUCAGGAUCGGUGCCAAUCGAAGCAGCUGGAAAAGCCGGGAUAUUUCCCCCCCUCCUGAACCCCUCUUAAAGGAAGAGAAGGGCUUGUCCCAUUGGACCAGGAAGGAGCAUGUAUGUCUAGCUCGCCUCAACAGUCAUUUCCGGGCCUUGAAAGGUUCCACCUGGGCCUCAAACUCUUCCAAAGCCAAUUCAGAACAGAAAUAUAAUAAGGGUGUCCCAUUUCCCUGCCAUCCUGUUUGCCUGCUUUGACCCACUUUCGCUGUAAGUGAGCCGUGGUGGUGCAGAGUGCAGUAUUUGCAGGCGCCUUCUGCUGACUGCCGGCUGCCUGCAAAUUUGGCAAUUCGAUUUUCACCAGGCUUAAGGUGGACUCAAUCUUCCGUCCUUCCGAGGUGGGUCAAAUGAAGACCCAGAUUGUUGGGAGGGGGGGCAAGAGGCUGACUGUCAACUGCUUAGAGAGGGCUAUAAAGCACUGUAAAGCGGUAUAGCGGCUAAGUGGUGGAACUCAAGAGACAAUCACAUCCACAUCAGCCGCGUCUUAAUUUGAGCCCCAAAGAAUUUUCCUAGCAGCUUCCAAGUGUUCCCUCCACCCCCACCCGAAGGGAGGGAUUCACAGGAAAUCCUAGGCAGGGGUGAUCCAGGAUACAAAGCCCAUAAAUUACCAAAACCCAUAAAAAGAUGAUCUGUGCCUCACCCCAGCUUCUGGAACAGAACAGUCCUACAUAGCAAUUCUGCAGGCUUUAAAACAUCUCGCCCUUUUCAUCCCCCCACCCUCACUAGGAACCGUGACUUAAGCACACAAUCUGAAAAACAGAAAAACUUAUUGCUGCCGGGGAAGGAAUCAAAUGAAGCGAGGAGGGGGCAGUAGGUACCAUCCUAAUAAGCCAGGGGUGGGUAGUCCCUGGCGUGAACUCUGGCUCUCGUUACGCAGCACGGUUUGUAAACGCCUCGGCUUGCCGAUUAGCACAAUGCACAAACCCGGUUAACUGUGUGCAGCUUAUUCAGCAAACCGUGGUUAAAGGAGGCAAAUAUUUGGCUUCGUUUGAGAGGUGGACAGAAACGACUGCAGACUCCACCCUGGGGUAUGUGAGUGGGUGGGAGACUGCUUACAAGGGCUGCGGUGUAAAUAUUUAUCGGGGUGGAGAGCCUAUUACAAACCGUGUCCCUCCUGGUGCAGAAGGCUGAGUAGAGUUGGCAAAUGUGAGUCCGCGUGUCCCAGUGGUGGGUUACGACCGCUACACCCUGGUAUGGGCCUACCAGUGACUGCCGGGUACUGUUCCGGUAGGAUGCUCUGGAGGGCCACCCACCUGUCCGGCAUCCUUACCUGUAUUUGAGCUCUUCGGGGCUUCCACGCAUGCGUAAGGCGCCUGCGUGAUGCUCCGCUGAGAAGAUGGAGCAUCGCGGAGCGUUGCAGACGUUAAGUAUGCAUGCAUGCAGGCGUUCAUGCUGCGCGCAUUCAUGUGGUUGACGCCGGCCCCCGUUGCACCAUACUGGUUGCAAUGGGAUCCGGAACCUACCACUGGCGUGUCCACGCAUACUAAAAGAAAGUGCCUAAGUGGGAUGCCAUAGAGCUGGGGCUGGUGGGAGGGGCGAACGCGUCCUAACUGGCCGAAUGGCACCUCUAACUGGAGGAGGCCGCUGCCCUCCACAAAACAGGUGGGCUAGAUUGAAGUCAGACAGGUCUUAGCAAUGAAUGUCUACCUGGAGGUCAAACUCACUCUGGCUCUUCACGCCUUGAGCAUCUCCUUGUCUUUUACUUUUGCUUUUCAUGGGCUAUAGGUUCGGGGCAACCAAAGGGCAUCCAUUGUCCCUCAACUGGUCUUUUAACACCAUGGAAGUCAUUCCCGCAAGCCAUGAGGGAUGGGCAAGGAUUCGCCUUGAGAGGCCAUGCGUGGAAGGGGAAGAAGUGGGAAGGCCGGUCCUCUGUGACCAUCUCUGAACUUCUCUGUAGGCUUCUGGUGGCCGCAGAGCAGAGGUGAAAUGCUACCGGUUCGGCAGAGCUGGUAGUAAAAAAUGCUAACGGUUCGGGCGAAUCGGUAGCUCCGACGAUCAGCUGUGUGACAAUCAGCUGUAAAAUCACGCGGCAUAGCUUAGUGACACACAGUUGAAGCUACCGGUUCGCUCAAACCCUUAGCAUUUUUUACUACAACUUCAGGUGAACCGGUAGCAUGUGCGCGCGAAGCGAACUAGUAGCGAAGUGAACCGGUAGCGAAGCGAACCGGUAGCGAAGCGAACUGGUAGCAGACUUCAGAGCAUUUCACCCCUGCCGCAGAGCAUCAGGCUAGGCUCCCAGUUAUCGUUGUUUGGGUGCAGCUUGACUUCUCACAGCCCUUCCGGUCUUCCUCUUCAGCUUCCUGACUGUUGGGCAGGGAAGGAGUGUAGGGAGCAGAGGUGGGGGCAGCCUCUUUUCCCUCUGCAAGGACAGGACUGUCGCCUCCGCCUGCUACCUUGGCAGGGCUGAGUCUUAAGAGCACAGGGAGAUAUUUUCGCUUCCAGACAGAGAAAGCGCCAGACAAGCAGCUUCUUCAUCUUUGAGGAAUGGAAGGCUUCUCUGCCAAAGGUGCCCAGACCGACUGGCAGGAAGACGGGCACCGUCCACCUUGGGAGAGAGAUCUGUGGCAGUUGCUCUCACUUAAAAAAAUACAACAACUCUAAAUUGAUUUUUUUUCUCCUUUGCUUGCAUAACUUUGUUUUUUUAAAAAAAUUGAAAUUCAGGGGAAGGAGAACUCUGAAAUAAAAUUAUGUUGGACCAGCUGAA